UGCAGUAAUCUGAUACAUGUUUGGCCGAGGGGCUUCCUUCCUUGUUCCAUUUUGCCAUCAUCCUUUUGUACCUGCUCUCCCUCUCCCUCCUUCCAGUGGGCUCUCAUCGUAGCUGCCUUUGAACUCACGAUCCUCUGGCUUCAGCCUCCUGAGUGCUGAGAUUAUAGGCAUGAGCACUGUGCCCACCCAGCACGGCUGUUUGUUUUUAUGUCAGACCUUGUUUUCCAGCCUUUUAAGAAGAAGCUUUGAUACCACCAUGAUCACCCUUGGAAGCAGCAUGGUUGCCCAGGGUUGUGGUGUGUCCAGCUGUGGUCACAUUUCAUUUUGGGAGAUUUUAGGUCCUGUUUUGGGUCCUGGGACACCCUUGUGCCCUGCGUUUGGGUGACUGUUGAGACCCUGCUAACUGGUCAGUAUACAUGAGCUCAGCUACACACAGCCAAGGUGUGUGCUAAGAGGGUGGCAGGUAGGUUAGGAAAGUGGAGUGUGGGCUCUGCCUAGCCCCUUUCCCCCUUUACGUUGUCUGGCACUCUAUUCCUCCCCAGCCCCUGCUUAGGUAAAGUGUGUGAAUUUUGGAACGUAUUUCCAGUUUUAAAUCCUUAGCUGAGCAUUUAAACUCAGAUGGCCUCUUGGCAAGAGUAUCCUGGGGCUCAGAUCUUGCCUCUAUUCUCUGGAGCAAGAGAGAAACUUAGGGAGUAUCAAAGCAAAGAACUGUUGGGGAAACUGAGGCACGAGGGAGCUUGACGACUGGCUUCUUGGCUGCUGGGUAAUACCAGGUGCCAGGCGGUGGAAUGGACCUAAAGAUAGAUGGACAGGGUAAGUGUGCAGAGUCUGAGCAUUUCCCUUCAUCACUCUUGAUAAUCAGACAGCCAUGGUCACUGGGCGGGGACAAAGGUCCAGAGAGGUGGCCCCAUCACAGGCAGAUACUGUUGACUCUUCUUGGACGCCAGACCGAUUAUGGCCUUUGGCUUCAGAGGACACAGCUCUCCUCUCUCCUUCCUAGCAACAUUCUCUGAGCCCCUCUUGGGUACCUGGUGUGGUGCUGAGUUCUGGGGACCCAGGAGAGUGUGCUGCCAGGAGGGGACACAGGCAUCUGCUGAGCCUUCCCACGUCGCCAUCACAGGCUCAGCCAGGCCAGCAUGGUGGACCACUUGCUUCCAGUGGACGAGACCUUCUCGUCACCGAAAUGCCCAGUGGGUUACCUCGGUGAUAGGCUGGCCAGCCGACGGCCAUACCACAUGCUACCCUCACCCAUCUCUGAGGAUGACAGUGAUGUCUCCAGCCCCUGCUCCUGUGCCAGUCCUGACUCCCAAGCCUUCUGUUCCUGCUACAGUGCAGGUACGGGCCCUGAGGCCCAGGACAGCAUCUUGGAUUUCCUCCUGUCUCAGGCCACACUGAGCAGUGGUGGUGGCAGCGGGGGCGUUGGAGAUAGUGGUGGCCCUGUGACCUGGGGCUCAUGGAGGAGGGCCUCUGUGCCUGUGAAGGGGGAACAUUUCUGCUUUCCUGAGUUUCUGUCAGGAGACCCCGAUGAUGUCUCCAGGCCCUUCCAGCCUACCCUGGAGGAGAUUGAAGAAUUCUUGGAAGAGAACAUGGAGGCUGAGGUCAAGGAGGCCCCAGAGAACAGCAGCAGGGACCUGGAGCCCAGUGGCCAGCUCUCAGCUGGGCCACACCGGAGCCACCUCCAUCCAGAGUCUGGUGGGAGAGAGCGCUGUACCCCACCAUCAGGUGGCACCGCUGAGGGUGGUGCCCAAGGUACUGGUGAGGGGCCGGCACGUGACGGCCCCAUGCCCGUGCUGCUGCAAAUCCAGCCUGUUGCUGUGAAGCAGGAGGCAGGCACCGGGCCGGCCUCCCCAGGGCAGGCCCCAGAGAGCGUCAAGGUCGCCCAGCUCCUGGUCAACAUCCAGGGGCAGACCUUUGCACUCCUGCCUCAAGUGAUACCGUCCUCCAACUUGAACCUGCCUUCCAAGUUUGUGCGCAUCGCGCCCGUGCCCAUUGCCGCCAAACCUAUCGGCUCGGGGUCCCUAGGACCCGGGCCCAACGGCCUGCUUGUGGGCCAGAAGUUCCCCAAGAACCCAGCAGCAGAACUUCUCAAAAUGCACAAAUGCACUUUCCCAGGCUGCAGCAAGAUGUACACCAAGAGCAGCCACCUCAAGGCCCACCUGCGCCGGCACACAGGCGAAAAGCCCUUUGCCUGCACCUGGCCGGGCUGCGGCUGGAGGUUUUCCCGCUCAGAUGAGCUGUCACGGCACCGGCGAUCUCACUCGGGUGUGAAGCCGUACCAGUGUCCCGUGUGCGAGAAGAAGUUCGCGAGGAGUGACCACCUCUCCAAACACAUCAAGGUGCAUCGCUUCCCACGGAGCAGCCGCGCAGUACGCGCCAUCAACUGAGCGCAGUGGCUGCCCCUCCCCUCCCACAGCCCUACGUUUUGUUUUUAAAUGCAAUAACUUAUUGCCUCCUUCAGAAGGAUGUGACAUAUUACCAGCCUCCCUUCUGAAUCUUAGGAGGUGUGACCCAGAGCUGCCAUGGCUGCCUUUCUGGGGAGGACCUAGAGUCCCCAAGAUCCCUGGGGGCUGGUUCCCUGGUGGCCCAGGUGGCCUAGGUGGCCCAGGCAGGCCUGUGCCCUGUGCCUUUGUGCCUUCCUGCCAGCUGGAAGCAGUGUUUGGGGGCCCCUUGCCCUCCUCCCAUUGGGCUCCCUACCUGGGCCAGAGCCAACCUUAUUGCUGGGGAAGAAGUGUUUUGGCUGUGUUGAAAUAGUGAUUCCCAGAGGAAGCUGUUCUGGGAAAAAGGAAGUAGGUCAAAAGCGCAGCGCCAUAUGCAAGAGGCCUUUGAGGGUCCAGGAGGAUGGCCACCCUCACUCUAGGCCAUAAUGCAUGUGCUUAAAUGCAAGACAAAUGGAGCCACAUCCAUCUAUACCCAGCCCGGGUCACCUCCUCCAGACACCAGCCUCCCUGUUGUGGUAGGGGAAGGGAACUGGCCUGAGGGAUGGAAAGCAACUAGCUAGCGCCUCCUAGUCUGACUUAGAUUUGCAUUCCUCAUCAGGCCUAGAAAUUAGUACCAAUUGAACUAGCUUGUUUUUGACAGGUCUAUUUCACAUCCUAUGAAUGUAUGUAAAUAAACUGUACAUAGGUACGCAUCUACAUAAAAUAUCUUUUAAUAACAUGUUGACAUUUGUGUAAAUUUGAAAUUAAAAAAAUUCUAUAAA